CUUUCUACGAGGUCACUACUAAGUGAAAGGCUUACAGAAACAUGACUCCUAACAUAAUUACUGAUUCCACAGACUCAUUCAGCUCCAGAAUGACUGUGGCUCAAAGAAAAGAAGCGAACGAACUGAGAAAGACUCUCAAACCUCUCAUGGAGAAGAGAAGGCGUGCGCGCAUAAAUGACAGCCUCAACAAUUUAAAAGAUCUGAUUGUGCCUCUAGUUGGCAAAGAUACUUCCCGUUACUCAAAGCUGGAGAAAGCCGAUAUCUUGGAAAUGACCGUUAGGUUUCUUAGAGAACUUCCAUCUUCACCAGUUAAAGCUCAAGCAGACAGUUACAGAGAGGGCUAUGAAGCGUGUCUCCUGCGGGUCUCCGCGCUCCUCCCGCGCACAAGCCUCGACCAUGAAACCUGCGCGCGCGUGAACGACUUCAUCCAGCAGUCGAAGUUCUCGAGCUCACCGGCUUGCCGCACCUGCAGCGCUCGCACUUCCAGCGCGCUCUCACCGGUGCAGCACGAGCGACUUCUUAGCCCGAAAGCCAACAACUCCGUCAGUAGAACCGAAAACGUGAGAAUCACUGGACCAACUUCCAGUAGAGUUCAUGCUGCGCCACAAGCCACCACACAAACCAUGUGGAGACCGUGGUAGAUCACCAAACAAGUAUCGAAAUAGAUAUAGAUAACGAUUCACCGUUAACUUUGUAUAUACAUACAUACAUACAUACAUACAAAAAUGUACUUAUUGUGACAUGCAUAUGCCAUAAGCGUUCAAAACUGGCUCUAGAAUGAACGAAGACAAAAGCGCCAGUGAGCACAGAUCAUGCAUAGAAAUAGAAAUCCUAUAUAGCAAUAGGUAAUGUUAGUAACAUAAUGCAAUCCUCUCUGGGGUGUCAAGACAUACAGGUUGUAAACAACACAAUUGUAAACCCCACGGGUUAUAAUUUCAUGAGGUUUGCACGAUUGACUUUUGUAUAUUUGGUCUGUGCAAAGAAUUUGUAAACACUGUGUGUUAAUAAGUUGUUAGGCGUGAAUGAAGUGAAUGGAACUGUGUGUUAAAAAGUUAUUGU